AUCACAUCCUGUGUACACUGAAGUUUACUGAGUUCAGUUUACUAUAAAUUCAGGGUUCUUUAAUGUAGACUAAGUGAAGACUUAGAGUUUGGUGAGAGAGGAGUUCUGCAAAGGGGGAGAAGGAGUUGUUUGUUUCCUCUUUCUAUCUUUCUCACCCCAUAGAAAUUGGUUCUUGCUCUACUAUAGGGAAAUGAGCUAGCUGUUUGGUGAGUGUCUGUCUUCUCUAUAGAGGACACAAGUAACAUCCUGGAAAUUGCUGUAAAUCAGGAAAUGGAAGGGAGGGAGGAACUCAGGAAAAUUACAAUAACCAGGGAAGUGAGCAUAUUGAAGGGGCUGCAAGCUGACGAUCCCCAGGUCUGGAUGGACUUCACUCAAAGCUCUUGAAAGAAAUGUUACAAUGAAUUUGGAGACAUUCACGGGUCAUCAGAGAGGGUGUUUAAUGAGACUGUUCUGCCCGUUUUUUGGAGAGUAAAGAUGAGAGAAGUCAAUUCAACAGUUCAAGUGAAUCUGCUUUAAAAAAGUUAAGCAUCUUCAUUUCUGUGUGAGUUUGAACCAGCACCCCUGAAAGCCGAUACCACAUAACUCUGAUUUGAAAAUGAAUGUUUUGGUGACUAAAUUCCUCUGCAUGGUCGGGGUUUUCAUCCUGAUGAUGUUGGGCUCGCUGCUGCCUGUUCGAAUGAUCCAAAUCGACCAUGAGAAAGCGUACAGGUCCAAGAAGGUGCUCUCACUUGGCAGUUCGUUUGGUGGUGGAGUAUUUCUGGCCACCUGCUUCAAUGCUUUGUUGCCAGUUGUAAGGGAAAAGAUUGUUAACUUCCUGUUGCAGGUUCAAGAGGUUCUUAAAAGUGGAAACAUAUCGACUGACUAUCCGCUGGGUGAGACAAUGAUGAUGGUAGGAUUUUUUCUGACGAUCUUUGUCGAGCAAUUGAUUCUGACAUUUCGAAAGGAGAAGCCAUCUUUCAUUGACCUGGAGACAUUCAACGCGGGGUCAGAGGGUGGCAGUGAUUCCGAGUACGAGAGCCCCUUCAUUUCACCAGGGAGAGGUCAAAGCAAUCUGUACAGCUGCAGCUCCCAUUCACACAGCCAUUCCUUGAACAUGUCCGAUCUGCCCCGCUCCAGCCCUUUGCGCUUGCUCAAUCUGGUGUUUGCAUUGUCCGCCCACUCCGUUUUCGAGGGCUUGGCUCUAGGCUUGCAGGAGAAAGGAGCAAAGGUCAUCAACCUGUUCAUUGGAGUGGCGGUUCACGAAACACUGGCUGCCGUGGCGCUGGGAGUAAGCAUGGCAAAAGGUGGCCUACCAAUGAAAGACGCACUAAAGUUGGCCCUGAUGGUCAGCGCAAUGAUACCAGUUGGGAUAGGCAUCGGGAUGGGCAUCCAGAGUGCUGACAGCUUUGGCAGUCACAUCGCAUCUGCCCUGCUGCAGGGUUUUGCGGCUGGAACCUUUCUAUUUGUCACUUUCUUUGAAAUUCUGGUGAAGGAGUUUGAAGACAAGCACGACCGCCUUCUGAAAGUACUUUCUCUGAUCCUGGGCUAUGCACUGCUGGCUGGGUUUGUCUUUCUAAAAUGGUAACAUUGUGCCUUGGUUCAGCUUUAACUACAACUAAGGCACAUGACCAGGUUAGACAGGGUGUUUGAUUAUUACUCAGAUUAGAAAAUAUUAAAACUGUGAUCUAUCAUUAUGCCUGUGGGUAGUAGUACAAUAGCCAGUGUUACUGUAAAUAUCUAACUGGAUUUAUGUUUGCUCCAAGUAUGCUGUACUGGUUUGGCACUGGGUUUAUUGAGCAUCAGUAAGCAAUAGGAAUUUUUUUUAAAAGACAAUCUUAAACCAUUGCACUAUAAUAAUGUGCUAGUAUAUCUCGUGUUAUUCUUAAUUCAACUGAAAUUGCUUCCAUCAUUAUGUCAACCUAAUAUUAUGCAUCUCUGGUUUCUCUUGAGAUGGGCUAUCACUGCUGACUUACAACUGUUCAGUUCAGACACCUAUCAUACUUUUCUGAGACUCAAUUGACAACACCACUGAAUAUGUCUAUGUACGUGUCUACUGUAUAAGGUCUAAGUUAUUGCCUAGGCUUUUAAAGCUUACGCAUUGAAUUCCUUCUGGACAGCAGCGGCAUUUCUGUAGGAAAUUUAUUUAUAAGCAUUAAUCAAAUUUCUUCAGGGUUGUGUUUUUGAUAGAAUAGGAUCUUGUGAUGCAAUAUAUUUCUCUACUGUUCCUUCAUACUAAAGGGGAGUGCCAGUGUCAAAAUUAAGAAAAUUGACAGGAAUUAUUUAUUUUUCCCACUGUGCCACUAGCAGGAGGGUCCCAUAUUCUUGUGUUGAGUUCACAAAUGUCAGUCAGGCUGGUGGUAAAGUUGUGACCCAUGGCCAGCACUAAGGAGGGGAAAAUUCACCAUGUUUCCAACUACUGUUGCUGGUCGCCUAUUAGAAAACACUUCCUUUGUGGAAGCCAUGCGAGGGCAGGAUUGGGUCAGACUAUGAUUUUCCUUCUCUCCUAUGGUUUGUAGCCUGCUGACACUCACUCAAUAAGCCUCAAGCUUGAAGAAGAUAAGGUACUGUUUUGCUGGUGACUGCAAAAUUGUGUCAUGGCAUUUAGAUGGAGAAAAGUUAGCAGGUUGGGCUGGAUAAAAGCAAAGAACAUAAUUUCCUACUUUUAACCUGGCUGUGUUUGAACACUAUCUCUCAUUUAAACAGCCAGUGUCAGUGCUGUCACUGAGGAAAGCUUGAAUGGAAGAAGACACCGAAUACAGCAGUGCGAAAGAAUUAACUUUCAGCCCUUGAUUAAAAUACUUUUGUUAAAUCAGCUCCCCUUAUGUGAUGUAGUGACUAACCUUGCUGAGCAUCAGAAACAGUUCUGCUUGUUAAUGCAGCUUGAUGGUAUUUUAUUAUGCUGUGUUAACUAUUCUCCCCUAGCCUGAGGCCUAUAAUCAAUUUCAGUGCCACAGGACUGAUGAGGAAAAAUCAGCACAAAGCUGAUCAUCAAAUUUUGCCCUUGAUGGCAUUCUAGUGUCUCCGUACUGAAAAUUUGCACAUCAGAUAAGGACAGAAUCGAAUUCUGCUGUACUGCGAUGCCACCAACACUACCACCAAGGGAUAGUAUAGCACACCGUGGAAGCACUUAAACAAAGGACAACCUUUUCAGGAUAAGGUACUGGAAUGUAUCCAGUGCCUAUGAAAACAUGCACUAGCAGUCUUACAAGAUAACUACUGAUGAUUUUUCCUUUUCUAAGCAGUGGGAGCUGUAUAGGAAAUAGUCCUGUCAGACAUGCCAGGAAUUCCGUGUGUGUGCUUUGAAAAGCUCAGGAAGGACACUGUUUCCUGUGGAUGGGAUUGGCAGAAGAUUUGUGGAGUGUGAUUGCCCUCUUGGGCUAAGAGCUGUUGCCUGAAUAACACUUCAUCAUGGUGAAUAGGAGCAGUUUGUUGUUGUUUAUGAGUUCCUGAGACAGCUCUGUAAGGGAUCUAUAGAUGUCUCCAUUUCCUCCAUCAUCUUGAGCCUGAGAAACUUUCAUCCUGAUGUAUUCUAUUUCCUCCUUUUUCUCUCCUGAAGGCACCAACUCUUGCAAGGAUCCCACAGGCUGUCCCAAUUUAUACCUCACUGAAGUGAAUUGCCUUCCUUUGUGAGUCUAGAUAGUAUGUGUCAGUAGACUAUUAUUCCAUGGGGACUGGAAGGAAGAGAAACCAAAAUUAUAUGCAGCUUGCAAUCACCCGAGUCUCACCUAAGUAAAUAUGAAACUCUUUGACAUAGAUGGCUGAGACUAAAUUACUGUAAACAUAUAAUGUAGUUUGCUCACUAGCUUCUUUUGUAGAACAUGUUUUACGAUUAUGGAAACCUAGUCGAAUUUUAAGUGGAAUGCGCUAACAAGUAUGAGGUGGAAGUGGGGAGCAAUGAGUCGUUUCAUUAGUAAUGCUUGCUAAAUCAAUUCAAUUAGAGAAGCUAUUUUUCUUAAGUUGCUGCAGAAAUGUUAACCUACCCUUCAAACAAUAUUAAAAUAUAUUUACAAAACAA